AUCACCUCGUGGACCGCGGCGUCCUCGCGGGCUCCGACGAUUCGCAUGUGGUGCUGCCCUUGCAUGGUCCUUCCUUGGCCUCCCCGCUGAACCUUCCUGCUUCUCUAUACUCUCCCCAGAGUAGCAGAAUGAACACACCUCAGGCCUCAGUGACCUUCAAGGAUGUGAUUGUGGAGUUCACCCAGGAGGAGUGGCCGUAUUUGGGUCCUGCUGAGAGGGCCCUCUACAGAGAUGUCAUGCUGGAGACCUACAGCCACCUCGUCUCUGUGGGGUAUUGCUCUAUAGAACCAGAAGUGAUGUUUAUGUUGGAACAAGAAGAGCCAUUGUUAGUAGAGGACAAAUUUCUAAAUGGGAGUUAUCCAGGUAUUCACACAGAGAAGAGUUACUGUGAAUUUCACCAAGAUAAAUGUAAUAAAAUUGUUAACAGUUUCAGGAAGGUUGCUCACCUAAAGAGAACUGAUACAAGAGAGAAAAAUUGUGAUCAAAAAGCUCAUUUCAGAGAAUAUCAGCGAAAUCAUACAGGAGUCCAACCCCUUCAGUGUGGGAGAAACUUGAGCAACAAUUUAGCCAUUUACGUACAACAGAGAACUAACCCAAUAGAGCUCUCUGUCGAUAAUAAGACACCUGAAGAAACUUUCAGUUGUCAGGCAGCCUUUGGUAUACAGCAGAGAACUCAGACGAUGGAAAAAAACUAUCAGUGCAGUGAAUGUAAAAAACCCUUCUCUAGGAUGUCAUCCCUCAUUUCACAUCAAAGAAAUCACACAGGUAAGAAAAUGUAUGAAUGUAAUGAAUGUGGGAAGGUUUUCUUCUGGAAAUUGUCCCUAGUUGUACAUCAGAGAACUCACACAGGGGAGAAACCUUAUCAGUGUAAUGAAUGUGGAAAAGCUUUUCAGCAGAAGCCAUACCUUAAACCUUAUAAAUGUAAUGAAUGUGGAAAAACUUUCAGGCAGAAGUCACAUCUUACAGCUCAUCAGAGAACUCACACAGCCGAGAAACCUUAUAAAUGUAAUGAAUGUGGUAAAACUUACACCACUAAGUCAAGUCUUGGAACACAUGAGAGAAUUCACACAGGGGAGAAACCCUGUCAGUGUCCUGAAUGUGGAAAAGCUUUCACCACCAUGACACUCCUCAGACAACAUCAGAGAAUACACACAGGGGAAAAACCCUAUCAAUGUAACGAAUGUGGAAAAACUUUCAGGGAGAAGUCACACCUUACAGCUCAUCACAGAAUUCACACAGGGGAGAAACCCUGUCAGUGUCCUGAAUGUGGAAAAGCUUUCAUGACCAUGACUCUCCUCAUACAACAUCAGAGAACUCACACAGGGGAGAAGCCUUUUGAAUGUCCUGAAUGUGGUAAAACUUACACUGGUAGGUCAGGCCUUGGAAAACAUCAGCGAACUCACACAGGACAGAAACCCUAUCAAUGUAAUGAAUGUGGCAAAAGGUACACACAGAAGUCAGACCUUGGAACACAUCAGAGAAUUCACACAGGUGAGAAACCUUAUGAAUGUAAUGAAUGUGGAAAAACUUUGCGCCAAAAGAUACAUCUUAGAAGACAUCAGAGGACUCACACAGGAGAGAAACCCUAUGAAUCUGGAAGAGUUUCAUUUCAUGUCAUACCUCAAAGGACAUCAGAGCUUUCAUGCAGGGGAAAAACUGAAGGUAUGAAAUGUGGGAAAUUUUUUCUUUGGAAAUCAGCCCUCAUAAUACGCCAGAGACUGCAUACAGGGAAAAAAUGCUACAAAUGUGACUGAUGCAGAAAAGGUUUUGUUUCCAACUUUACUCUCAAAAUUGAAUUGAUGAGACAAUUCACACGGGAGUGUAGUGAUUUAUACAGUUUUUCUUUUUUCUUUUUUGUUCGCACUAUCUCUCUCUCCACCCACAAGCCCAAGACACCUCCAGAACCCGUCUCCUCCCACACUGGCCUGGGAGCCAUGGGCACUCCACCAAUUGUGGGCACCCCUGCAGUCACAGGUUCCGUGGUUGGAGCCCUGUAAAUUGAAAGACAUUAACAGGAGAAGAUGGUUUAUUUCGUUUGCAUAUGGAGAGCCUCACAUAAAUGAAAUGAAAACUCCGAAGAGGUGACCACACCUGGAUGCUUAUAUAUGCCAUUUAAACAAAAGGAAAAUACAUGUGCAACGAAGUGACAAGAGAAAGAAAAAAUGCUUUAGAGCUCCUACAGUUGACAUAUAAAGAAAAAAUGAAAGCGGAUACAUUGACACAUACAAAGAACAACAAGCAAGUGAAGGAGGCAUUUCAUCUCCCCAUUACGUUUCACAUCCUAUGAGCCAGAAGAAGAAAAAAGUCUACCGUACAGAACAGACCACCUUUAUAAUUGGAGAAACACCAAAAGGGAUCCGCAGG